AUGUUUCUGAGUGAUGUCUAUCUCUGGAAUUCUGACCCAUUCAUUCACUGCCUUGUGAAAACAAUCAAUGAAUUUGGGCCCUGCUCUUUGGCCCCUAUUCUUUCUAUUUCACACGCCCUAGCCAGAUACGCUCCAGCCCGCUCCGUACAUGCCACAGGUGUCACGGGAUUUAGGGAGGCAGUCCUGCGGGCCGGAAGCCAGCCACUCACCCACGCCUUCUUUCUGCAGUCCCGGGAACCCGGGCUAGGAGCCCCGGCCCGGCCGUCCCCGCCAGGCGGGCGCGGCCUUCCCGCCCUCCCCGGCAGCGCCGGGCCCGUGAGGAGCGGAGGGGAGAAAAAGGGAGGGGAAGGAAGGGGAGGGAAAACCGCACAAGCUGUACCCACCGCGCCAAGAGAGCUGGCCCCAAGCGCCCGCGGCGAUCAGCUCGGUCCCGAGGGCAGGGUCCCGAAGGAGGGGCGGUCCGAGCCCCAAUCUGGAAAUGCCAACUCUGCGCUUCGGCCGGGCCCCUGCCUAGGCGAAGGAAACGGAAGUCCCUGCGUCUCCCUCACGCGCCUCCACCAGCCGGCCCAUCCCCUGGAGCAACCCGGAGUCUGGAAACCCGAAGUGCACCCGCGUCAGGGACUCCAAGGACACAGCGGGCGCGGUCCGUCUGUCUCCCAGCCCAGGCCGCGCCACUGGGCCCCGGCACUAUCCUUCCCACCCCUCUGCCGCGAGGUCAGCCUCCAGCCCUGCAAAGCCCCUCCUUCUUCCCCCGCCUCCGCCAUUUUGGAACUUACACUCGGGCCCCGGCGUCCCUCGAUUAGAGCCGCGCCCGCUCGGGGCGCUGCCAAGGUUCCCGCCACUUCUCGGAGCCGGAAGAGGGUCGGCCAGAAAAGACGAAGCCCUCUUACCCCCCUCCCACGCCGCCCCCCCAGCGGGAAACCUGAACCUGACCGAGCGGGCGCACAUGCGCAGUGGGCACCUAGUAGUCCCCGCCCCCCAGCCUGAGCGUUUCCUCUCUUAGCCUCGAGGGUGGUUUUUCCCACGGUUUUUACCUGCUAGGCUCUGGGGUUGAGGAGUAGGAGAAUAAAGAUAAAAGAAUGAAAACAAGGAGAGACAAUGGAGCGCAAAUGUUGAGUUCUUACUCUAGACCAGGUAC